UACUUCUUUCUUGGCAACUCUUCUUCAUAAUACAUUGAUUUUUAUACACACACAAUUUUUCUCCUUUAUCCUCUAUUUUCAUUUUUCUUGUCCAUUUGUCACCAUUUAUAUAGUGCUUAGUUGCUUACUCAUCUCAAAUUAAUUACCUAUUUUUGUCAUCAUUUAAGUUACACAAAAUGGAGAAAGUAAAAGGUUUGGAGAAAAAGAAAUUGAUGAAUGAGUUAACACAAGGGAAGGAAUUUGUUAACCAACUGAAAAAUCAGAUUGGUCCAUUGUCUUCUCCUGAAGAACGUGAUUUACUAAUUGGGAAAAUAUUGUGUACACUUGAGAAAUCAUUGUCAAUUCUCAAUUUGAAGGCACUUCUUCUUGAAGGUGGAAUUAAUAAUACUAACAACUCUACAGCUUCAUGUUCAUCAAUGUCAUUUCUUGGUAGUAAAAAUAAUAGUCCCAAGAGUGAAGUUUUGGAUUCUUCAAGGGAUCAAUUCGACAAAAAUAUUGUCUCCAAGAAAAGAAAGAAAGCACAACCAAGGAUUAAUCAAACAAGCAUUUGUGUAAAUGGGCUUGAAGAUCCACGUGAAGAUGGAUAUAGUUGGAGAAAAUAUGGCCAGAAAGAUAUUUUAGGGGCUAAUCAUCCAAGGGCUUAUUAUAGGUGCACUCAUAGGAACACACAGGGUUGCUUGGCAACAAAACAAGUCCAAAAACGAGAUGGAGACUCUACAAUCUUUGAGGUUACAUAUAAAGGAAGGCACAGUUGCAAAGUUGCACAAUCAGAUAUCUUUUCACUUCAGAACCAAAAGCGCCAAAAACACAACAAAAAACAAGAAGAAGAGAUGGUAAUAUUCAACUCUGCACCAAACUAUAAAGUUGAAAACUCUAACAUCACAACAACAAAAGAAGAAGUUUUCACACCCUUUCCAUUCCCUCCUACACCACUAAACCUCGAGAAUAUUGAAGAAACAAAAUUCUUCUUCGAUGACAUCGCGCCAUUUUCAUCUCCAAUAGCCUCAGAAUUACCCUCGUACUUCUCAAUGUUGACGUCCCAAAAUGAAGAAUUUGGAAUGGAAAACAUGAUUCUUCAGAACUCAGAUUCAGAUCUCACUGAAUUGAUCUCGACCCCGACUUCGAUUUCAUAUUCCUCGUUUGGUGGAGAUGGGGAUUUGGCUGUGGAUUUUGAACCUAAUGUUACAUUUGACAUUACAGAGUUCUUCACUUAAUUAAAUAUUAGAUCAUAAUUCCUUGCAAGUUUGUAAUAGCAGCAAGUUAGUUUUGUGCAAUAUUUUUUAUAUUUUUAGGCCCAAUUGAUCCUAAGCUAAAGUCAAUUGACUCAUAUUUUAGAGAAAUAAUUGUAGUAAGAAUUGCAACCUGAUGAAUUCAUGUUUGUAAUUACAAGCUUUGGCUAUUGAAAUUCAAGUUGCAUUUCAAUAAUUCUUGCUUAGUAAACGAGAUAUUAAGGACAAAUUAACGCACUUACAACUUA